AGUUAGUCUUAGUUUGGUUACGUUAAAGCUUAGAUCGUUCCCUGUGCAGGAUUUUAAAUUGCAAAAACUUUCGUUGAGUUAUGAAGCGGGUUUGGACGGUCAUAAUUUUGGCACUCUGUGCUGCAAAUAGUGUUUACUGUAGUUUUGGAUUGAAUGUGACAGUGCCUGGCUACACGGACAACGUUAAUCAGUUUAUAGACAAUGGAAUAAAUGCAGUGAUAAGGGCAAAUGCAACGAUAAAAAUUUCCGCAGAGAGUGACAGCAGUGGCACUAUUGGGAAUCUAAUUUUUAUCGCUAAUAAUGUCACAACCCCUCUGAACAAAUUACUGGGUAGUAUCUUAGCGGCUUCUGCGGUGAAAAAUGCUAGCAUUCAAGAUACGUUCGCAAAUCUAUCAACAUUGGUGACGAAUACGAAGCCAGCGCUCAGUGCCGCUUCGAAUGCUGCGAAGAACCUUCAAGAAAAAACGAAAGAUUUUCUCUAUCAAGUAGUGAAUGGUAAUUUAACAGCUUUAUCCACAAUGUUAACGAACCUUUCAAAUGGAUUAAACUACCUUAAAACGCAAGUCCAACAAGCAGCGAAUGAACAAUAUCCAUUAUCCAGUCAAAACAUCACUAUUUACCUCAACAGUACUGUACUAUCCAACGUCACAACACCACUGCAAGCCAUCAAGAGCAGUCUAACAAAUGUCGCCGCAAUUAUCACAGUCAUUGGUUCCGAACGAACCCAAGCCGUGAACUACUUGUCACAAGUCAAUACAACACUGCAUAAAAGUCUCCAAAACAUCCAAAAUGCAGCGGCAGCUUUUAACCACACCGUACUGGAAACCUAUAGCCGCAUAAGUACUUAUCAAGUGAACGCGUUCAAAGCCAUCAACCAAACCUACGCGACGAUAGCUUUACGUGGAUCCGCCUACAACGGAGGAGAUAUCAGCAAUCUAACAAUGUUCCUAUCGGACCUAGUCGCAGCUAAUGACAGUUUUUCACAGCUUGUCAGCCUUAGCACCAAUUAUACAAUGGAACAGUUCAAUCCGGUUCUGCAGGAUAGCAUGAGUGCAGCAUCGAAAAUGAUUUUGACGACUGCCGGGUUCGUCGCCAAUCAAAGUACCGUCAAUGAAAGCGAUUAUACCUACCAAUGUACGGCGCGAAUCAUGCAACGACUCCAGCAAAAUCCUCUGCUGCUCACGAGACUCUCCCGAUGCAUACAGCAGGAAUCCAACGCCUUCCAACCUACGACCACGUUUGCCCAGUUUCAAAUGGAUCUGGUCAAGAACGCAGCCGUAUCGAUUGCGAAUCAGUUGGCCAAAACCUGCCAGCGGCCAACGGGGCUUUGUGCCAAGGCGUAUUUUGCAGCCCUUCCGGACCACUCUCAGAUGGUGCAGAACAAAGUUUCUGUCAUCGCCGGUGGAAUCAGCAACGAUGAGCACAUAGUAACCGGCCGGACUCUAAGCUGCAUCCAUGGAACCACGGCGGACAUCAUCGAGAAUGCACGAUUUAUUAGGAAGCGUUUCAACAAGUGUCUCUUAACCGGACCGUAAACAAAGCCCCGGACCGUGCCGACAAAGCUAGUAGUUUUUUAAAGGUUUUCAGUGUUGCACUUGGGACAAUUUGGCUGUUUUUACAUUGGCAAUCCAUUUUUUAUUUUCUUUAAUUACGUAAAAAACGCGUAAAUUCUGCAAUCAGCGUAAAGAAGUUUCAUUUGCUAAGAUUUUCAAUCAAUGCUUAAAACUUUCGGAAAAGAAUCAACAGCAGUGUUAUUUUUACCUGCGAAUCGAGCUGAAAAUCACGAAAAACUAUAAGAAGGCUAGGCCAAAUUAGUGAAUAUUCAGUAACUGAAUUAGGUAAA